AUGUUUUAUCGGAAUAGAAGAUGCAACCCAACCGUGUCGAUCACCGUGACCAGUGUUCUACUGCUCGGUAGUGUAGUGCUCGUAUCCCAUCUUUCCACACCAGCCACCGCCCAACCGAUCGAUAUGUUGGAUCAAAUCGGCACGGAAAGUAGACGAAUGUUCUACAAAAUGCUCGAAUAUCUCGGCGACUACGACGAGCUGGAGGAUGAAGGUGCGCAGGAGCGUGAGGAAAAGGGUGGCGCGUUACCGCUGCAGACGAGCAACCGGGUCGAGGUGGCCGGACGUGAUGAACAGUGCAAGCUGCCCCCGAGACGUGGUGUGUGCCGUGCCCUGCUUCCCCGUUACAGAUACGACCCGGCCCAGAAGGAAUGCAUCGAGUUCAAGUUUGGUGGAUGUGACGGAAAUGCAAACAACUUCAUGUCCUACAAGCAGUGUAUGGAAGCCUGCAAAGGUGUCUAA